GACAAUCUCGCUGUCACUCAGAAACAACACGGAAGCUCAGAAGGAAGUGAGAGAAGGUUUGCGCCAGCCAGCCGACGCAGGCAUGCUUUGACAGAAACGUCCUCAGGAUCACCGUUAUCCUGAUCAUUCCAAGGUAAAAUGCCCAGGAUGUCUGGCGUUGAAGUUGAGAAAUCGAAAGACUCCGUAGCCGACGGUACGAGGGCGAGUAACAUCGACAAGAAUCAACAGGGGGAGCAUCACUCGCAACCUGUCAGCAAUGUGUCGACUAAUGCGGAUGCGAACACCGUGGCUGCGAAGAACCUGGCACUACUUAAAGCCCAUUCCUUAGAUGUCAAGUUUGAGGUCGGUGAAGAGUACGACAUCAUCGAGACCAUUGGCACGGGGGCUUAUGGUGUCGUUUCAUCUGCCAGGAGGCGGGACAACGGACAGCGGGUGGCAAUAAAGAAGAUCCCGAAUGCUUUCGAAGUUGUGACAAACGCCAAAAGGACACUUCGAGAGCUCAAGAUUUUGAAACACUUUAAACACGACAACAUUAUUGCAAUUAAGGACAUACUACAGCCAGCUGUGCCCACUUCGGCCUUCAAAUCCGUGUAUGUAGUCCUCGACCUGAUGGAGAGUGACCUCCAUCAGAUUAUCCACUCAAAACAACCUCUGACCUCCGAGCACACCCGGUACUUUCUGUACCAACUGUUGCGUGGUCUGAAAUAUAUCCACUCGGCUAACGUGAUUCACCGCGACCUCAAGCCGUCUAACUUGCUGGUAAAUGAGAACUGCGAGCUGAAGAUCGGAGACUUUGGUAUGGCCCGGGGUUUGAGUGCGGCCCAUGCCGAGGAGUUGCGUUCAUUUAUGACAGAAUACGUGGCCACACGUUGGUAUCGUGCCCCUGAGCUCAUGCUCUCACUUCACCACUACAGCCUCGCCAUCGACCUCUGGUCAGUGGGCUGUAUAUUUGCCGAGAUGCUUGGGAGGAAGCAGCUCUUCCCGGGCAAGCACUAUGUGCACCAGCUGCAGCUUAUUCUCUCUGUUUUGGGUACACCUCCCGAGAGUGUGGUCGGUGCUAUUGGGGCUGAAAGGGUGCGCUCUUACGUCCAAAGCUUGCCCUCAAGGGCACCCGUGCCCCUUGCCAAACUGUACCCACAGGCAGAACCUGUUGCACUAGACCUUCUGGGUGCAAUGCUCCGUUUUGACCCUCACGAAAGGAUUAGUGUCUGCCAGGCACUUGAGCACCCUUAUCUUGCCAAGUACCAUGACCCGGACGAUGAGCCUGUGUGCGUGCCUGCCUUCGACUUCGAGUUUGACCGGCAGCCAAUGGGGCGAGAGCAGAUUAAGGAGGCCAUACUUGCUGAAAUUCAGGACUUCCACCAGAGGAAACAAGGGUGCAGGAAGAUCCAGUUUAAACCACUUCAGAGAUUGAGACAAGUGGCAAGUAAUCAUGCCUACCAAAUGUUACCAAGUACUCAACACCAGCCGAACAUGACACACCCUCAGCAGCAAAAAGCAGGGCAGAAUCUGGACAUGGCACAGAGCUCAGUCUCCAUGACUCCUUCAUUAAAUAAGCAAGCUCCUCCACCUGAUUUUACCCAUCUUGCCAAUUAUUUGACACCAUUCACAAGGAGCUGUCAGGAUGUUGACAUGCCCAGUGCAAAUUCAGAUGGACAACCAGAGACUAUAGACCUUACCACUCCCACCUCCAGCCAAGGCACACCACCUUGUGAACCAACUGGAGACUGUCCAAAAAGGGAGGACCUUGCUCCUGCUUGUCAAACUCAUGCUGGACAGACAAUUCAGAGCCAGGUGCUCCAUCAGCCACCAGCAUCAACAGCCCUUCCUUCCAGUCUUGCAAAAUCCGGGGUCUCUCUUUCGCUAUCUCAGACCCAAGCUCAGUCUCUGUCUCAGUCACUCUCUCGUUCACUUGCAAAAGGGGGUAAAGGAAUGCCUGGAGAAACUACGAGAAAGGAAGGAGCCAUUUCAGAUGAUACCAAAGCAGCACUCAAAGCAGCUUUGCUCAAAUCAGCGCUAAGACAAAAAGCACGAGAUGGGAGUGCUGCGGCCCUGGGUAUAGACCUGGCCAGCGGGACUGGGAGCUCUUCUUCCUUGGUGCCAUCCUCUGGUCCAGAACACAAGAGACCCAUUACAGCCCAAGAGAGGCAGCGGGAGAGGGAGGAGAAACGAAAGAAACGUCAGGAACGGGCAAUGGAGCGAAAGAAAAAGCUUAGAGAAAAGGAGAAAAAGGAAGGCAAAUCAGGCGAGUCCUUGGGUGGCGUCAUGCUGAGUGACAACGACAAGAAGCUUCUGGAACGGUGGGGACGGAUGAUGGACAAGUCACAGGUCGUCGACAAUACUGCCAACCCCAGUAAUUCGGGUUCUUGCCGAAUACAGGCUGCCAUGGGGAAAGGCCAGAUAAAGAUGCCAUCUGAUACUGUGGAAUCAGUGCCUGACAAAAGUGAGUUACAGAGGUUCAAACCACCCCAAAUAGUGCCACAGGUUAGCCAGUGUGUGGCAUCUGGAAUGUUUCAUCCACCUGCCAUGUUUAGUUCCUUGCCCAUACCCUUAGGCCCCACUCAAAACGCAGACAUUGGGAUGGUGACAGUUACAGGAGGUGGGACUUUGGCCUUAGUUGGAGGUGGGACUCUUGGUGUAGUUGCAACCCCAUGUACCGUUGCCAAAAGUGACUCCUUAAAGCCCCAACCUCCAGCUUCCUUCCAGGGCUGUGGAACAGUUAUACCUACAGUAGGGAGCUGGACAGGGAACCAGACCAGUGGAGAAACAGCAAAGCAGCAGCAGCAAGCACAAAUCCCACAUCAGUCUCAGCAGAUUCAGCUGUCUCCUCCACAGCUAAACCAUGUCGGCUUACCCCAGCAGUCAGUUCUACUCUCUCAAACCAAGCCUCUUCCCCACCCCCACCAAACUCAGACUCUUCCUAGCAUUGAUAUGCCCAUCACUAACCCUCCGGUCAAACUCUUCCCAUCAGACUCCUUCAGCAAAAAACCUUUAGCACUGACUCAGAACGGGAUGACAAGAGGCGGAAUUCAGGACACCAAUACAUCUCUUGCUCACCAGGACUCUGUAGGUGCUUCUGAGCCUCUGGAGAAAUUUGGCAAGCAACCAAAUGGUACUUCUCAUGAAACAUCUGGAUCAUUAGCCCAACCUUGCCUUACAGAGACAGGGCUACCAGGCAGCUGCAGAGCCCCAGACAUCCAUACAGUCACACUACAGCUAUCUAAGUCACAGGUUGACGAUAUUUUGCCCCCAGUUUUUUCGGUGACCCCCAAGGGUAGUGGGGCUGGAUAUGGUGUCGGCUUUGAUCUAGACGAUCUCCUUACUCAGUCGCUCUCAGAUCUCCAGCACUCGGAAUUCAGUCACAACGACUCGGCUCCGCUCUCAGCAUCCCUGCUCUCCGAUUGGCUGGAAGUACAUCGAAUGACCCCAGCCGACUUGGAAUCCCUUCAGCAGGAGCUUCAGCUUGGAUCUCCUAUGAUUCUUUCAGACAACUCCAACCUUCCUUAGACUAGGACUUGACUCAAUCCUCCUCAAUUUCCAUAAAGGCAAUAUGGCACCUUAAUUUAUUCUACUUAAGAUUAUGUACUAUACCUCCAAAACAAGUGCCAAAUUACUUUUCCGAUCAGCGAGUUCCUCUUGGCGUAUACAUUCGGGUCAAGUUUUACUUUUAGGAAUUCUAACAUUAAAAUUGCUACCAUUCAGGACCAAAAAAAUGAAGGUCUAGCUAGCAUUGUGGUGCUAAUUUGGUGCUAAAGUAUGAUUUUAGUUCAAAAAUACAAUCUCAAUAUUUUAAUAAAAAAGAGAAACUAUA